CUAAACGACAAACAUAUUACAUAUGAUGACUUUGAAGAAGAAUAUGACAAUUCAUCAAAUAAAAGUGGUUCAAAUUCGGAAAGACAUGUAAAUGAUGAUAAUAAUUUUAAUGCAUUAGUUUUGCCUUAUCCUAAAGUAGACUUUAUCAAUUUACCAGAUCGAAUCGAAGCCCUUAAGAAUAAAAUUGAAGAUAUUACUCGUAAUCAUGAUCAAAGUUAUUAUCGUCAAAAAGCAAUGAAACAAAUUAAUGAUCUUUGUUUUAAUAAUUCUCAUUCUAUUAAUACACAAAUGAUUUUAAUGACAAAAUCAUGGCAUCCUGGUUAUUACGAUCCUAAAGGUACAAUUGACUAUCUUUUUAUGAUUCUAUUGCCUGAUACUACCACGCUUUUAAUUAUGGAGGACUUUAAAUAUCGAUUUGACAAGGCUAGAAAAAUAAUAGAAGAAAGUGUGGCAUAUAGUUCGAUAUUUAACAACGAAGAAGAAAUAUUAAUUGAUAAUGAAAAUGAUAGUAGUGAUAAUACUGAUGAAGAAGAAA